GUGGUCAGAGGCAUCAUGCUGGAGCGGACUUCGCAGCCAACAAUGAGCACAAGAUCUACGACGAUGUCGGAGCCGGUGGUGGAGAACUCGGUCAGUUACGACGACGUUUGCUUGCUGAGACAUCAAGUCCAGGCAUGGACUAUUUUACGGAUUUUACCAGCGGCGUACACGAAGUGGAGAUGAAUUGUACCCCUUCAACCAUUGAGGAAUUCCCUGGAGAUCUGUUCACAGAAGAGCAACGAGCAAAAGGAGCGUUUAUCACACAUGCCAUAUGUGCCGUAUACAUGUUUAUUGCCCUGGCCAUCGUCUGUGAUGACUAUUUUGUGUCUUCGCUGGAGAAAAUAUGUGAGAACCUCAGCUUAACGGAGGACGUUGCCGGGGCAACCUUCAUGGCGGCCGGAAGUUCUGCGCCAGAGCUCUUCACUUCAGUAAUAGGUGUGUUCAUUGCCAAAGGAGACGUAGGAGUGGGCACGAUCGUGGGAUCAGCUGUUUUCAACAUUCUUGUCAUCAUUGGAUUAUGCGGACUGUUUGCCGGUCAGGUAGUCCAUUUGUCAUGGUGGCCUCUAUUCAGAGAUACAUUGGUCUACGCAAUUUCGGUAGUAACUCUCGUCUUGGUCAUUCGGGAUGGAUAUAUCAAUUGGUAUGAAGCAUUAGUCAUGCUACUGAUGUAUUUGUGCUACGUGAUCAUUAUGUGGUGCAAUCCCCGCCUGUUUAAACAAGCACAGAGGUUAAACGAGAGGAGAAGAAAGAAGAGGGAAACGUGCAAUAACGGCAAAUCUGCAAUCCAACUCGAGCAAGUAACACCACUCAAUGCAACAGAAGAUAUCACGACGAAUGGUGAAAAGAAAGAAGUAGAAGAGGUCGAUGGAGAGUUCAGCAAUUCACCUAAAAGAUUAACAUUUUCUGAUGCUGGUUUGAGGUUGAUGUUAACCAAGCAAUUUCCUGCUCGCACGCGACUGAGGACUGCAUGUUGGCUCAUCAUCACUGAGCAAAAACAAUUGGAGGCUGAAAGCGGCGGGAAGUUUCCAACGACAUACACCCACCGGCCAAGCCUACCAGAGACAGAGAAGAACGGCAAUGUACCUCGGAGUGACUCCAUAUGCAAAGAUGAGAGUGUUGAUUUGUCGAUUGAUAAAGAGGGGACAGAGGAUGUAAUCAGUGAGCGAAGCUUCCCAGAAAUAGAUUCUCCUUUUAGUUUACCAAGUGGUAUAAUAAACAUACUCAAAUGGAUCGUCACCCUACCUAUCUGUAUUCUACUGUUCUUCACAAUCCCGGACUGUAGAAGAAAACGUUUCGAUCGGUGGUACAUGGUUACAUUCUUUAUAUCAGUAGCAUGGAUUGCUAUCUUCUCUUACGUCAUGGUGUGGAUGGUGGCUUAUAUCGGCCACACCCUUCACAUUCCCGACACCAUCAUGGGCAUUACUUUCCUGGCCGCUGGCACCAGUGUUCCUGAUGCUAUCGCUAGUUUACUGGUUGCGAGAGAAGGUUUGGGUGACAUGGCAGUAUCAAACAGCAUUGGCAGUAACGUCUUUGACAUUCUUAUUGGGCUGGCACUUCCCUGGUUUAUUAAGACAGCAUUCGUCAGUUACGGUACCAGAAUCAAGAUCAACAGUAAGGGUCUUCUUUAUUCGGUUCUUCUCUUAUUUGCUUCCGUAACUGCAACGAUACUGGCGAUUCAUUUCAACAAGUGGAGGUUAGACAAACGGCUCGGAGUGCUACUGACUUGUUUUUAUGUUGUCUUCCUCUCCUUCUCAAUCAUGGUUGAAAUGAACGUAUUCGGUUAUGUUAACCCACCAAUGUGCAAGACUUAGGAACAUCUGACACCAGCUCCCGUUUAUCGAUGCAGAAGACAUAUGUUAACCCUCUAUUGAAACUUCUGGAAAGGAGCCCUCUAUUUGAUAACCUACAUUUCAAGUCUGACCAGGGACCAAGCUAUCGGUCAGAAGAUAACAAAGGUGAUCCCUUUGUUUCUGUGAGUAUUACAGGAGACAAAUGAAGACAACUACCAGAAAGUACUGGUCACAUGUACGAGAAUAGUGGUUUAAUCUAAUAAGAAUGGCGUUUGUAUGAUCCCUAGACCUUUACUCGCGAAGUAAGGAGCGGAGUUAAGCAGGGUAGCCUCGUCUAAUUCAGAAAAUGAUGGGAUAAAUCAAGAUGAUCAGUAUCACAACCAGCAUUAUUCGCCACCAUCGUCUUAUAAAUCCCAUGCUAUCGUGUGCUACGUCUAAUUUGAACCGAAAUGACAUCCGCCAGAGAGGUCAAAUGUCAGUCUUAGAGUCGAAACUAUCUUGUUAUGGACUUUGAAAAGUGAGGUUGUACAUUUCUAGUGUGUUUAAUAUUAACAUGAAUGCCGUUUAUCGCCAGGGGAAAGUGAAAAAGAAAUGUUGGCAGAAACUCCGGGGAGUGGUUUAAACUAUUUUGAAGUUGAAUACUGAUUUAAAAUGUUUGGCUUGCUUGAGAAUUAAUGAAGUACGCAGCCCAUUGUAUUUUAUUUGAAGUUGUUGGAUCAGAAUAACAGUUGGAAUGUGGUCAUUACUUGCUUUAUUGAAGGAAAAAUAUAGAUGACGGCGAAAACGUAACCUGCCGUGAUGAUUAUUGAAUUUGAUAGUUUGGCGGUUCAUGACGAUUGUUUGAUUAAAAUAAGUGAUUAGUAAGAAUAAAAGGAAUAAUCAUUUCCCUUGUGAUUUUUGACACGUUAGGUAGACAGGUACUGUUAAGAUUAAAAAUAAAUUUCAGAUAUCUGAUGUGGCACUCUUUUUUUGUUUGCAUUAUCUUGAAAGUUUGAAAAAUGUAUUUAUCUGAAUAAUAAUUGUCCUAAAUAGAGUUUUAUUGAUUAUUUGAUCGAGGGACAGUUGAAAGUAUUGUUUCUCCCCUAACAUUUUGUUGCAAUAAUAUAAUCUUGGUAUAGUUACUAAAUUUUGAAGUAUGUUAGAUUAAAGAGUUUUCUGGCAAUACACGUCUAGUAAUUUAAAGUAAGAAAAGUGCACUUGUAAGAAGUUAUUUUGACUCAGUGAUUUCAUGUGCCUAUCACAUGAUCGGUCACGUGGUUUUGAAGGACUAUGAUCUCGGUUAAUUUAUAUUGCCUAAUUUCUCAUAGCCAAGCGAUUAUGAUUGUAGGUUUAAAAGAAGUUAAAAGAAGAAAAUUUUCUCUCGUUGUGCAAUGACCCAUUAUAAAUAUUGGUUAUCAGAGGACACCGAAGACAAUUUUGUGAGUAAAAAUGUGCUAUCAUCCCAUGAUGUUUUACAGAUUGUCUAAUUGUCAAAGAGAAUGUGAGUGUUUAGGAAACUCUUGGUAUAUAGCAACUGGGUGUAUUUUCUUUUGAUUGAAGAUUCCCAUAUCAAGAUGAUUUUGUUGUGAUAAUUUUAUUCACUUACGAUGUAAAUCUAUGCAUUUAAUAGAAUAAGAAUGUUCAUCAUAAAAAGAUACUCGCUUUGAUACUAAAUUUAUUAGGAUUAUGAGAGAUGCAAUGUUGUGUACCUAUUUAUCAAGAGAUUUAAUAUUUUGUGUAGUAUUUUAUGUAUAUAUGCACAUAAUUGAAGUAUAGCUGUAUAAAAGGAUGAAGUUGAUAUUUAUAAUAACAUUUAUUCGAGAUCGCUCUCUUCGUAACGGCACAAAGAUUUAUACAUUCUAAUUGAUUAUGCCUCGGAAAAAUGUGAAUUGUAAUGUUUAAGAAUUUCAAAGCAACUCGCAACUAAUAUUUGGAAAAGUAUAUUAUACCCCCUUUUCCCUUUUGCAUACACUUUUAUAUCUUGCCAAUACGAUUUAAAAUGAUUUUUUAAAAAUGUUUAGGGUAAUUGAUAGAGCUAUAUCGUUAAACGUUACCAUAGAACUUUCUUCGUGUAGAAUACAAUACAUCUUACCAAACAGAGUUGUAAAUCACAUCAAAGGGCUGUUUAAAGGGGUCAGAUAUAUUAAUUACCGUAGUAGUCUAAAUGCACGUAGAGCAUAUGCCAGUGUAAUCGCAGAAUAUAACUAUACUAGCUAUACUGGACAACUUUGUAUCCUCCACGGAGAGGUUGCUGUAACGCGAAAUUAUGAUUAAUAAAUUAUCCUGGUAUAUGUUAAAGACCCACAAAUCUUUGGCUUACGUCUCAAACGAAAUAUGGUUUCAAAACAUUAUUAAAAUAUUGUAGCUGGAGUUGAGUCGAUUUGAGGCCUCAAUUAUUAUGCAAGGAAUAUUAAUUGGACGAUGCAAUUGCACGUAAAGGUGACCACAUAAUGUACUUUGUAGUCUUCUCAAACUUAUGAUUAAAGCAAUGGUUUUUUUUCUCCCGACUGGACAUUAUUAGUUGAAAUGUGUACAAAGCAAAAAAUGAAUGUCGUAUAAUAGAUCAGGGAAUCGAUAGUGAAAUGUAAUAUAUAUAAAAUAUAACACCAAGAAAUUUGAAUAUUUGUGGCUGUGAAAUAUUGUAUAUUAUCUGACUUGGACAAUUUUUUUUCUUUUUAGUGUGUGGAGAGAAAUUUGUUUGACAGACCUGCUCUCACCCAUACAUCUGUCAUCUGUUCUAUUUUGAACAUAAUUAUAAUUAGACGGUAAAGUUAUUUAUUUUUGGCGAUAACAGAUCACCACAAAACGACGUUUAGAUAUGUGUAAAAUUGAUAAAAAUAGCAAACUUCCCGGAAUUGAUUUCGAUAUUAUGACUUAAAGGAUGAGAUUAUGUAAUUCCUUGGACAAUACAUUUAAUGUUUGGGGCAUUAUUUUGUCUUAGACAUCUUGUUCCACCCUACUUUUUGCAUCACGGUAAUAAUCAAAUUCAAGUAUUGAAUGCAAAUUAAAAACAUGUUUGAUUUCUUUAAUGAAUCCCAUAAAUCAGGCUUUAGAAGAUCAUUUUCAAAACAAGGUUUUCUGCUCAAGAUUAAUCCAACGAAUCACGUUCGAUUUAUUGUCAUUACAUUAGACCAUAUCAAAACAAUAUAAACUAACAAAAUUUAUACCCUAAAUAAUGAUAUAAAGAACAAUUUGAUAAUAAUAAGAAUAAUAAUUAUAUUAAUAAUAAUUAUUAUAAAUAAAAUAGAAAAUAAUAUUAAUUAAAAAUAAUGAUAAUGAUAAUAAUAAUGACAAUAAUUAUAAUAAUAAUGUGUCUUGUUUACCCAGGGUAUCCUCAUCAGUAUUAAUACUGUUCUCCCUGAGGGCCCUGCAAUCAUAUAUUACACCGACUUAAUUAAGCCAAGUUACCAUGAGAAUGCGCUCAAGUAUUCCAGGAAUUUCUUCCUAUCGGGUACUCCUAGGUGUAAAGUGGCAAUUGGACAUUAAUACCUUGCCAAAGAACAUUAGUGCCGCAGCGGGACUCGAACCGCGAACCCUAUUAUUCACCGUCAAGCGAUGUAUCCAAUAAACCACGACACCUUUCGAGAAAAAACUCUUCGAAAAAAAAUUACAGUACGUUCUCGCUUGCAUCGGCAAUCUGACAUAUUAGUUAUUAUUAAAUGGUAUAAUCGCUCAGCGGUCAUUUUCAGUUUAAAUCCACCUGCUGUUCAAAACUUUACAAAGGCAACUAGAAACAUAAAGCAGGCAUGUUCCGGUUUCUUUUUCGACGUGUAUUUGCAUUCAAAUACAGAUAAGUUCAUUUAAUGUGUAGAAUAUUGUAAUACAUUAGGGAUGAUAAUGAUAUUCGUCCUUGUUUUAUCCAUUAGUGUAAAAAAAAAAAAAAGUAUACGUCGUCCCCUAUGAUUAAAAAACUGGACACAAUUUGAUGAAUCUUAUAUGGCUUGUGCGUUGGAUUGAAGUUUAAAUACUGUUUUUCAUUACAUUACUGCAAUUCAAUCCUAUUUUGUGGGAGAAUGUUUAAUCUCGAAUCCGGUCCAAUCUAUUGUAAGCAAUAAGUGUAACUAUUAGAGAAGAGAAAUUGUACGUGCUUUUAAAUAUGUAAUUGUGUUUGUUUGUCAAAUCAUUGUAAAUUCAUUAAGGCCACUGCAUUUUUUUGUAUUCGAUGAUGACUUUGUUUUUGAAGAUCCAUGUUACACGUUAUGUAAUGAAGCUAUAGAUGUUGACGUAUGAAUACCCCCGCUCCCCGACAAUUCUCUUGGAAAAGUAAUAUGUUUGUAUGAAAACUUUUCAUCUAGUAUGCAGUAUGAUUCCGAUGUAAAUCUAGGGAUGCAGUGAUAUUUAUAUGUUUGUUUCUUUUUAUAUCAUGAGUUUGUUUCGUGAUAUCAUUUCCUAGAUCUUGUUAACUCUCUAGAAACGCUAUGUUUUCAUGCAAAUAAUAUAUAAUGCGAGAAUCAGAAAUAUAAUACAAGUCGUCUGAAAUGUGGGUUGGAAUAGAAUAAAUGGGGGAGAUUAAAUAUUUGUCCUAUUCACAUUGAAGAUGUAACCAUGUUAUCAUUUCUUAUUUUAACGCCCUUGAGAAAAUAUAUUCCAAUGUUAAAUUACUAACAAUUAUCUAUAUCACAAUCAAGCAUCGUUUUAGUAUAAUACACGUGCUAGCUGAAGUUUAGAAUAAUGUUGUUCUUAAUCAACUAAAAGCAUGGUUAUGUAAUGAAAGGAUUAAGGGCACUUACAGAGACUAUAAAUAACUCUUACGGUUAUUUCGUGAAAUAAUCUUCCGUAUUUAUUUAUACUGUGUGUUACAAACAUGUAACAAUGAAAACUGUUAAAAUCAACUAGCCACCAAUGUAUUUAUGUUUGUUUAUUUACACAUUUAGAUGGUGAUGAAAAAAAAUUGUUCGAUAGAUGUCUGCAAUUGAACCGUUUUGUACAACAGGUAUAUUGAAAAUUAUCAUAAAUACGUUUUGAAAAAGAA